AUGCCCACAGACUUCUUAAUAAUAAAACACCUACUCUGCAGAGCAAAACAUCAUUCUACUGCGUCGCACUUGCGCAACCUCGCCGUGGCCAUGUGCAGCCGCUACGAUUCCAUCCCCGUGUCUACCCACCUGCUCGGAGACGCUUCCGACACGAGUUCCACCGGCCUUGCCCAGCGCCUAGCCAGGAAGACCAACAAACAGGUGUUUGUGAGCUAUAACCUUCAGAACACAGACAGUAACUUCGCACUGCUCAUGGAGAACAGGAUCAUGGAGGAAAUGGAGGCCUUCCCUGAGAAGUUCUAGUGGAACAGCCGGAGCUCAUGUAUGGUACUCCGUAAUAAACGGACUGGCUUUCAUUGUGGAAAAAAAAAAAA